UCCUAUGCCAAUGCUCACUUUCUGGACCUUUUUCUUUUACUAUCUCCUCGCCACCGUUGCCACCGGAAGGGAAUAUUCCGGCUCGCCUCAAGAGGCUGAUGGAGUGAAGAACUUGCCCGGACAGUCACCGGUGAAAUUCAGACACUAUGCAGGCUACGUGAAGCUAAGGCCACACGAAGAGAAGGCUUUGUUCUAUUGGUUCUUCGAAGCUCAAGAAGCACCUGCACAAAAGCCUCUUGUGCUUUGGCUUAACGGAGGACCUGGUUGCUCGUCUAUUGCGUACGGAGCAGCACGUGAGCUUGGUCCAUUUCUCGUCGAAGGCAAAGAACGCCUCAAACUAAACAAAUUCUCUUGGAAUAGGGUUGCAAACGUAAUAUUCUUGGAGGCACCUGUUGGUGUUGGGUUUCCUUACACUACUAAUUCCAAAGAUUUGCAUGAGCUUGGAGAUCGAGUUUCUGCUAUUGACAACUAUGCCUUUUUGACUGGUUGGUUCAAAAGGUUCCCAAGCUUCAGAUCCCAUGAUUUUUAUAUAGCGGGAGACAGUUAUGCAGGGCAUUAUGUUCCACAGCUUGCUGACCUUAUCCUUGAUACCGAAAAGGGCUCUUACAUAAAUCUCAAGGGAUUUAUGGCACUGUCAAUUCUCUUCCUGAUUACGUUACCUGUGAAUUUUUACAGGAUAAUUGAAAUGCUUAGAAAGGCAAUAGCCUCUUCCAGGGGAGGAACUUCUCAUAAAGGAAAAGUCAGACUUGUUCUGACUCUUAACAAAUCAAAAUCCAAAUCUGUUUCGACAAAUUCAAACUCAUCAAACUUUGGGUCAUCCACUUCGAUUGGGUCAUCAACCCAAAAAGCAAUCCAAAUUGUGGAGUCAUCUACUCAACAAUCUGCAAUUCCUAAAAAGGACUCAUCCAACAAGGCUGAUUCUUCUACCCAAUCUAAAAUAGCUAAACAGACUAAAGCUGAUUAUGCCUUACCUAUCAAAACACUUAGCCCUCCAACAAGGAAGCUUAAGUAG